UCUCAGCCCAAAUCCCAACCCAACCGAUCCAUACGCGUCUCGAUCUCUCCCCUGAUCCGCAUCACUUGGAAUCUUCUGGAUUGUGACUCGCUCGUCUAAUCUGGAUCUACCGAGUCUCUUCUCGCCUGGACUCGACAGCCGACACUAAUGUAAUGACAAUGCAACACUACUGAGUUAUUGUGCCUUACAGGUGUUUGUCAGCCAGGAACCCACUCACUGACGCAACACGUUGGCAGACUUGAUUUGGCAAUUUGUUCUCGUGUUAUCUCCAGUUGAUUAUAUCAUUAUUGUGGUGGUUCUGGUUCGUCUGUGAUAUCGCUGCUCUCCGACUGUUCCUCGGCAACCGAACAUCCACCGUUCAUUGUUCAUGGCUACAAGAAGGAAAUUCCCAUCGCCAAUGAGCUACUUAGUCAGGUCUCUCUAAAUCAUCAUAUCAAUGACUCGCAAUGUCGCGGUUCUUAGGUUUUGUCCCGUCACUGACGCGUGGGGGAGCCCAGCCCAAGCGUGAGGAGGCGGUCCCCAGCGACAAUGCGAGCCAUGCGCCUGCGACUUCGGGCAUCACGUUACUCCCACGGCCCAUCGCAUCGAUGGUGUCUCUCUUGACGCAAUCGACGUCCCUCUCACUCCGGGUGGGCACCUUCUUCGGGGGGGUAGCGUUGGAUGCGUCGCGGGCGACAACGCUGACCGGGUUGGAGCUUAGCAGGGGGGUGAUUGAAGCCAUAUUGACAAGGGCUGGUCGUGAUGUUGCGAUUCGCAGCGGUGGUGAGCAGGGCAAGUUGGAGGCGGAGUCUCUGCUCGAGCGGAGCUUAGCGGCACUACACACCACAAUCACGUCGGCAUCGUUCUUCGCGGCGGCAACGUUCCACCUGUCUUCUACGACGCUUUCCUCCGCUUCCUAUAUGUCGCAGGCUCUCUUAUCUACGCUUGAUGCGCUACUUGGAUCUACGGAGUCUUCGAGAGCAAUCGCGGCAAUCGUAACCCUCAUCCGAAGGGAGUUUAAAAACCAGAGUCUGGAGGAUGGGACCGAGAAAGUCAGUGCUGGGGAUCUCCUAGUUGGGACAGUGGGGUUUGCGAUGCUGCAGCGCUGGGGUAGGAAGAAUACGGAGCGAGACAUCCACGAGAACGGCGGCGAUGAGAUCAUUUGGGAUGUGGUCAUCCUGGAUAAUGGUGCCCGGGCCGAUGUUGUUGGUACGCAUGAGAUGUCCAUGAGACAAUCCCUGGAUGUUCCCUGUGAGAACCGGCGUUCCUCCUUCAUAUCGCCUGGAGCCGACGAGGAAAGAUUUGACGCCGUCCGACGGCCGCCGAGCAUGAUCGAACCCCCUGAAAGCCUCUACUUGUCGCUCCCCACGGCAAAUCAACAUAAUAUCUCCGACGAGGAUAUACGAUCGUACAUAAUGCGACAGCUCCCCCAAGGAUGUCGCGCUUCCAUCACCACAAACAUGGUUACAGCUCGCACCAUUACUGUCGAUGUUUUUGAUGACGAUAAUGCUGAAAUUGCUGCUCCGCCGGGUACCAUGAUGGUCGAAGAACGUUUCCACAACAGUGAUUUUGGCAAUGCCAGCAGUGCAAAUACACCGCAGUUGCCCAAGCACACCGUUGUAUUUCGGACCGCUUUCAACAGAUCGCAAAGCGCAGAUUUCAGACCUUCAUCAUCAAGAAAUGAUCAAGCCGAUGUUUACGAAGUCGAUGCAGAGCCCCAUAAACAGAUCUUAGAUCAUGAUAACAACCGAUCUUCCUCCAAUGGCGACCCUAGAUGGCAAGAAACAAACAGCCACCGAUUGUCGGAAGGAAAACCUUCUCUCACGAAGCCAGCAGGCAAUCGUUACGUCCGAUACUCGACAGGCACCGACCAAAAACAUGCUCCUGAAAACAAAAAUAAUGUAUCGGGUAGUUCUGACGGUUCCAAAGGCACAUCUCAGAAAGGUUCCUUUUCAAGAUUAGCACAGAGGGUAAAGCCUGCUGGGCCGGGAAAAAGCGACCCGGCAAAACGCCCAUAUCUGCGGUCGCCUUUUGAAAGAUCCGAGGAGUCUGCACAACGUGCCAAAUCAUCGGCUCGCAAACCGUUACCCCAAAGACCUUCUGGGCAGCCUAUCCCUGAUGAGCGGGCAGCUGGGGUAUCUGCAUAUUCGAGGAGCCGGCCCUCAUCACCCUUAGCAAACCGAGGUAUCCCAAGAUCACCGGUCCAGGCGUCACAAUUACGAUCCGUUCCUUCUCCAACUACACGCCGUACGAACCCCCGCGAUACGCGGAACUCAAUGAGUGAUUUUUAUAGCUUCAACGAAAGGAAUGAGGAAAUAUUGAUGGCCCAAGCCGACACUCAUUCAAUCCACUCUAUCGACGGGCGGCCAGGGUCCCCGACACUUGUGCGCAGCAGCAGUUCGAUGUCUUUGACUAGAUCCGAAGCAGACGUCACGAUUUCUGUCAAUGACAAGCGACCGAACACUCCUAUGCAUCAACGAUCUAAAACAUACACUCCAAGCAUGUACUCUGUGGCAACCGCGGGCUCGGAUAUGUCCCUAAUACUUGCUCACCGUUCGCGGAAGAGUGCCUAUGAUGACAACGAAACCAUACAAGAACUAAACCGCAGCGGUUCAGUUCCAGGGAUUUUCCCUCAAAAGCAUCUUGUACAGAAUAUCAGGCGCUUCUGCCGCUUUGCAUCCGGGUCAUACGGGUCAAAUGCUCUCAAGGUCAUGGGCGUUCCGCAGACGGCUAGAGCUCUGACCUAUGAAGCACCCGACACUCAGGAGCAUAAUGACUUUUCAGAUCAUAUUGGGCUUCCCGCCUCCGCGAUUCUCCUGUCGUCUUUUGUCGAUCCUGCAGGCGGCUCCAACGCUGCUGGAGAAACCGACACCGGGUUUCCUCUAGUCCAUUAUCUAUUUCUAGACCACGAGUCAAAGGCAGUCGUCUUGACUCUCAGGGGAACGUGGGGUUUUGAAGAUGUUCUUACAGACAUGACCUGUGACUAUGAUGAUCUCGAGUGGCAAGGGAAGAGCUGGAAAGUCCACAAGGGCAUGCAUGCCUCUGCGAGACGUCUGUUGAUGGGAGGUGGUGGAAGGGUCAUGAUCACCAUCCGAGCGGCCCUUGAAGAAUUCCCGGAAUACGGUGUCAUCUUCUGCGGCCACUCAUUAGGAGGCGGAGUUGCCGCCCUGCUUGCAACAAUGGUAUCCGAGCCCAGCAGCGAAGAAACCGGAACGGCCUUUAUAACCGCCUCAUACAAAUCGAGCAGACGACAAAUGCUUCCCAGCGGGACUGGCGAAACAGACAGUCGCGUCGCGCAUUACCUCCCACCCGGGCGGGCUGUACAUGUAUACGCGUACGGCCCGCCCGCAACCAUGUCGCCCUUCCUCCGCCGUGCGACACGCGGGCUGAUCACAACCGUGGUCAACGGCCAAGACGUAGUCCCCAGUCUAUCCCUAGGAAUCCUGCACGACAUGCGCACAGUAUCACUAGCCUUCAAAAGCGACAUCAGUGAUGCCAAGUCGCACGUGCGAUACCGGGUCUGGGAAGGCCUACGGAACAGCAUCAUCAACAAAUUCUACGUCAACGAGCCCCCCAUGCUUCUGCACGCCGGCGACGGAGUCGGCGAAGACGCUUGGGCCUGGAAGACUCUGAAGGGGCUCAGGGACGAAAUGCUCGCCCCCAAACUCAUGCCUCCCGGCGAGGUCUUCGUGGUGGAGACCAUGCGCGUCCUGCAGCGGAACGCUUUCACAACUGAAACGAAUAACGACGGCUAUCUCGGUAAACCGGCGACAAGGGUGCAGCUGAAGUUCAUCCGAGAUGCAGAGACUCUUUUCGGGGAGCUGAGAUUUGGCUCCGGGAUGUUCAGCGAUCAUAACCCGGCCAGAUAUGAAACUAGUCUUGCUGCCCUUGCGCGCGGUGUCAUAGACGAUUAACGUGUGACGAUCCUUUCUACAACAUUACUCCAUCAUUCCUCUUGCUUAUUUCCCUUUUGUUCUUUCAUAUUCGGCAUAUAUCGAGUGAUUUUCCAAGAUUUCAGAACCUAGAAAUUGUUUACAAUCAUCUGUCAUUUGAUACUAUUUUUUGGUUUUCUUUUGUCUAGAUCUGUGCUGGUACAUUGGCAUUU